ACCGACCGAACCCCGUCGGCAGGUAGCAGGGUCCGUCAGUACUCGUUUAGUCUCCAGUCCGGAAUGAACGCCAGCCUGGGCCCGAGGCUGCUCAAGGCAUGCGGGAAAUUUCUUCCUGCUUCGAAGCGUGACUUGUGCACUCGGUUGACCCGGACCGGCUCUCUUGGGGACGCAUACCUCAAGACGAAGCAGAAGUGCGAAUCCAAGAAGCUACCUUUGGACGUGGAUCCAAAAGGGGUUUUUGCCUGCAAUGAGCUUGAUCUCAAAGAAGUCAACAUCUAUGGAUUUGACUACGACUACACCCUGGCUGUGUACAAAGAUUCGAUGGAUUUGCUUCUUUACAACCUAGGAAGAGAAACUCUUAUCACCAAAUGCAAGUACCCCAAAGGAAUUGGAGAAAUGGAAUAUCUACCCUCCUUUGCCAUUCGAGGUCUCCAUUACGACAUUGAAAAGGGUCUCUUGAUGAAGUUAGACUCGUUCCUUCAAAUUCAGCUUGGUACUGUUUACCGCGGCCUCUCACCGGUCCCUGAUGCCGAAGUCAUGAAGAUAUACAUGAACAAAACAGUUCCCCUUGCUUAUGUCGAGAAUCGGACUUCUCAGCAGACAACACCUGAGCCAAGCAAUAUUGCUAUAAAGGGUUCACAAACCAAGAACACAGAACAACAGAGUACCGUUCAGCACAAGAUGAAGUAUUUUUCAACAAAAAUGGUACAACUAGCCGACUUAUUUUCUGUGCCUGAAAUGUGCUUGUUGUGCAAUGUUACUGAAUAUUUUCAAAGGAAUAAAAUGGACUACCAUCCUGACAUACUGUUUAGGGACAUAAAGAAAUCUUUUAGCUCUUGCCAUCUCCUUAUGCAUCAACUAGUCCAACAAGAUGUAGGAAAGUAUUUGGAUCUAAAUCCUGGGCUGAAAGAAUUGUUUCACAGGCUCGUCAGUGCUGGAAAAAAACUUUUUCUCAUUACAAACAGCCCUUAUCAAUUCGUAAAUCGAGGCAUGUCAUAUAUGGUCGGCCCAUCAUGGGAAGAGUUUUUUGACCUUAUAAUCGUCCAAGCUAGGAAACCUCUGUUUUUCUCAGAUGAUACCUGCCCUUUGAGGAUAUAUGAUAAAACAGUCAAUACUCAUUAUUGGAAUAAAGUUUCCAAGAUUGAAAAAGGUGUAAUUUAUUAUGAAGGGUCAUUGCGACAGAUGCAAGAACUGACUGAAUGGAAGGGAAGUGAAGUUCUUUACUUUGGAGACCAUCCUUAUAGUGAUUUAGCUGAUGUCACUCUCGAACAUGGCUGGAGAACUGGUGCCAUAAUCCAGGAAUUAAUGCAUGAAAUUAAAACUUUGAACAAGGAAGACUUCAAGAAGAAUUGCAACUGGCUUCAAAUGCUGACUCAGUUGAUUGAAGAGCAUCAAGACAGUGAUGAUCCUGAGGCAGGACAGAUUCUUGGUUCUUGGAUGCAAGAAAGAGACAAGAUCAGACAAGAUAUAAAGAAAGUGUUCAACGAACAGUUUGGGAGUGUUUUCAGGACCUACCACAACCCGACUUAUUUCUCAAGACGUCUGUUCAGAUUUGCCGACAUAUACACAUCCAGUGUCACAAACCUGUUGCAACAUUCAGUCAAACAUGUAUUCUACCCAAGACGAGGUGUCAUGCCACAUGAAUACAGCUCUUAUUUUGUCUGAAAUGCUCCGAAAAUUUUUAAUUCAAAUUAAAAUUUUCCAGAGUUGUAACUAGUGCCUGCAGAAAUAUUUUUUUUCUUCUUAUACCGCCAAUCUUAUCUUUUUUU